AUGUGCGGUGAUAGCAACCGACCUACCUUUGGCGGCACCAUUGCCGUGCUUUUCCCUCGAGACAAUUGUCUGCCUUCAAAUCCGAGCUCUUUAUCUUCAUCACCAGACUCUGUCGUCUCCUCGGCAUCAUCAACCUCGACUUUAUCAUCAUAUUCUCUCUUUUUCCGAGACGCAGAGACACAGGACCGCAACACGAAAGCAAUUCUCCAGAUUGACGACGAGGAGACUUUUGAGACGCUGCGUGGCUGCAGACAAGUGAAUAUGCGGAUAGAGAAAUAUGGAGAUCUCACCACAUCUUCACCAAACACACCACCACUGCACCAGUUCCAGCUCGACCUCAGUCAGAACCAAAGCCUGAAGCCAGGUCACCGCCAAACAGAAUUAGAAUUCGAGCUGCCCGAACGGCUGGACUUGGGCGUCUCGGAGAAGGGUGUCGUGGGCCGACAGGUAACGAUGAGAGAGGCCAGCGGAGCCAUUAUCGGGAUAGGAAUUGUGGGGUACAACUGA